AUGGCAAGGCAGUGGCACUUGGCGUGUCUGUGGAUUGUCUGGCAUUUUCACAACCCUCACGUUGCACCUUUCAACCUGGACACCCAGAAUGUACUGCAGAGAAGUGGAGAUCCAGGCAGCCUGUUUGGAUUUUCUGUUGCUUUCCACCAGCAGCUGAAUCCUGCCAGAAAGAACCUGUUGCUGGUAGGAGCUCCACGUGCCACACAUCAGAGCCAGGUGAAUGUUACAGGCGUUGUUUAUCAGUGUGAUCUGGCUUCAACAUCUGAGCACUGUCAGCCAAUUGAGUUCGAUGACGAAGAGUUCCUCGACAGCAGGGGAAUAAACAACCAGUGGAUGGGGGUUCGAGUCACAAGUCAAGGUCCUGGUAAAAAUGUAAUGUCUUGUGCGCAUCGAUAUCAGCAGUGGAUCCCGAGUCCGAGCCCUCAAAUCCCUCACCUGCUAACGGGUCAGUGUUACCUCUUACGUGACGAUCUGCAGGUCGGGAAGGAAGACAGGAAGUGGCGAAGGGUAGUUUGCGAUAAUGAACAUCUAACAAGACGUCAAAAAGACCAGGAGUGGUUUGCGUACUGCCAACAGGGCCACGGAGCAUCUUUUGCCAAAGACAACAGAUCCCUGAUAUUUGGAGCACCUGGAGCUUAUCAGUGGAGAGGAAUUGUACGAAUGGAGCCCUUGGACAACCUGGAUAUGAACAGUGAAGACAGUCGUGAGACCGGAGACGGAGACCAGUUCAACCCGAAGCUCAUCCCUUUCCAGAGAAGCAGCUACCUGGGAUUCUCUCUCGACUCUGGAUUCGCUCUCCUCAGUAAGAGUGAGCUGACGAUCGUAUCCGGAGCCCCUCGGGGAGGUUACAGUGGUCAGGUGGCGUUUCUGAAGGCCGACCCCAAGGCUCAGCGAAAUCUGUCUGUGGAGCUGGUUAUCUCCGGGCCGGGCCUGGUCUCCUCCUUUGGAUAUGAUGUGGCAGUGGUGGACCUCGACGGUGAUGGAUGGGAGGACCUUGCCGUUGGAGCACCACAGUACUUUGUUAAAGAUGGCGUGGUUGGAGGAGCAGUCUUUCUCUACAUCAACAACAAGGGAAAAAACUGGGAGAAGAUUGUUCCAGUCAAACUUCUUGGACAGAAAGAUUCCAUGUUUGGUCUUGCAGUGGAAAAUAUAGGAGACGUCAAUCAAGACGGUUAUGAAGAUAUUGCUGUUGGUGCUCCAUACGACAGAUCUGGUCGAGUUUUCCUUUUCUAUGGUUCAUCAGGUCGCAUAAACACAAAUCCAGCACAGAUACUCUCAUCAGGAUCCAAAACAAUGAAACUGUUUGGAUAUUCUCUGACCGGGAACUUGGACGUGGAUGACAAUCAGUACCCUGAUGUGGCUGUAGGAUCUCUGUCAGACUCUAUUUUUGUAUGGAAAGCGAGGCCCGUAGUCAGUGUCAGCACCUCUUUUAUUAUAACACCAAAUGAGAUCAACAUUGAAAGGGGAGGGUGUGAUAAACGGAUGUGUGAUCUUUCAGGUCAGGCGUGCUUCACUUACACGGCACACAGAGCAACGUUCAACUAUAAACUGAUGCUCAGUUACACCUUUGAGGCUGAUUCUGUGAGCAGAAAAACGAGGCCCAGAGUCGACAUUCUGCUGUCAUCUCAAGGGAAACUGGAGCUACCAGGACAAGGCAGAGAAAUCUGUACCAGCAUUAAGAUGCAACUUCGGCGGGACAUCAAAGACAAACUGAGUAGGAUCCCCAUCUCUGUCUCUGUGUCUCUGCUUAGCUCCAGUGAGACAACCAUGACGAGUGUAGAUCAGUCCGACCUCACUCCUGUCCUCAACCUCUACCAGAAGAACACUACUAUCUCAGAGGUUAAGUUAAUAAACGAGCGCUGUGGCAGCGACAACAUUUGCCAAAGUAACCUUCAGUUGCAGUACAAGUUCUGCUCCAAAAAAACACAAAAUGGUCAAGACGUUUUCAAAUCACUUGCCAGGGAGGACGGAGAUGCAGUCAUCACUCCGUCUGAUGAAGACAUCGCUCUGGAGAUCACUGUGACCAACAGAGACGGAGAUGAUGCACACCAGAGUCAUGCAGUCGUUACGCUCCCAGAUACACUGCGUUACUCAACUGUUGUCCAGACAGAAGCAGCAGAAACACGAGUGAGUUGCACAGUCAACGACAAAGGAACACUAAUAAACUGUGAACUGGGGAAUCCAUUUAAAAGAGAUGCUGAAGUUACAUUUUAUGUUUUACUCUCGACUUCUGGCAUCUCGCUGAGUACAAAAAAUGUCAACGUCACCCUGCAGCUUGAAACGACAAGUGUACAGACCAUACAGCCAGUGGAGGCAUUGGCCAAAGUGGUUUUUGAGCUGGAGUUGCGAGUUUAUGGCCUCGCCAGGCCUUCCCAAGUGUCACUUGGUGAAAAUGUGAUGGGUGAAAGUGCCAUAAAAUCACUGGAUCAAAUAGGAACUUCAAUUCAGUUUGAAUUCAGGAUAACAAAUUUGGGCAGACCACUAAAAUCUUUCGCAAAUGCAUCACUGAACAUCUAUUGGCCAAAGGAGAACUCUGUAGGAAAGUGGAUUCUGUACUUGACUCACAUCAGCAGUAAAGGUGUACAAUCUGUCCCCUGCUCACCUGCAAACGAGGUCAAUCCACUUAAAGAUGUGAAGGGCUGGCAGGCUCCAUCAAGGCACAGACGUGAAGCUGAACAUGAAGCCCUCUCUACUGAUGGACUCGCAUUUCUUCUACCAAGAAGAAAAUACGAAACACUGAGCUGCUCUGAUGGACUCCAGUGUGUGGAGAUACGCUGCCCUCUGCUGGGCCUGGACAGUUCUGCACUCCUGGUUCUGCAUUCCCACCUUUGGAACGCAACUUUGGCAGAGGACUACAGCUCUUUGAACUACCUUGAUAUUGUCGUGGAUGCUUCUCUGAGUCUAACAGGCUCUCCAGCGAACAUUGGACUUAACGCAGAGAAUCUUGGGACAAAGGUAAAACUGACGGUGUUCCUGGAGAGAAAGACUGCAUUCUUGGUCAAAGUUGCGUGGUGGAUAAUCCUCCUGACGGUCAUUGCAUUGCUGCUGUUCUUGGCAGUUUUUGUCGUCUUGUUGUGGAAGCGUGGUUACAUCCAACGUCUCGCUCCUACAAAGAAGCUCCCACUUGAUGAAGGUCCAAACACAGAGACGGCUCCUCUUAAGGGCUAAAAGUGGAACCAAACGACAUCCUGCUGCUUCAGAGGUUUGAGAUGGACAUCUUGAAUUGGUGAUGUUGUGGCUUCAGCUGUAGUCAGCUACUCUGGUGUUGCAAACUAUCCAGCAUUGUUGUAAAAUUACAUUAGGAUACAUGUAGAACUUUAAUUAUUUGGGUAGUGUAUGUGUAACUUAAGU